CUUUUUUCUUUUUUUUAUAUCAUUUUAAUUGAAGACUAAGAAAAGAUCAUAGUGUUACUUAGAAAUGACACUUCCAUUUAAAAUUUUUACGACAUUUUUAUUAUUUAAUAUAGAAUUAAUAAUAUCAUCGAAAAGUACAGGAAACUUAAAGAACCAAACAUUUAACCUAUUAAAAUUAAAUGAAAAUAUAAAAAAUAAUCUAAUUCUUCAAAAACGUAACGUAGUCGAAGAUAUGCAUUAUCAAAAAAAUCCUUUAUUGUCAAAUGCAUCAGUGUUUCCUUUCUCAUUUUAUAAAAAUAAUGGAAAGAAUCAAAUAUCUGUGAAUAACAAAUCAGUCAAGAUAACAGAAAAUCAUAAUAUUAAUCUAGUUUUUCAUAUUCAUAAUUCUUUUUUACAUGAUUCUAAUACAAAUAAUCUUACAGAAAUAGUUUCUUCAAAUAAUCCACAUAUUACUAUAAAUAUACCAGAUGUGAGGAUAUCAUUGGAUGAAGUUCCAAGUGAAAUAAAUUCAAAUAAAAAAACAAAAUCGGAACUUAAAUGUGAAGAAUAUGGAAAACAAUUCUUAAACACAACAAAUGUAUUGCCUCUAGUGGGCACAAAUUCAAAUGUGAUUCAGAUAAUUAAUCAAAAAUGUAAGCCUCCAAAUCGUCUUGUUAUUGGAGGUGUUAAUACUUCUCCUGGAGAAUUCCCUCAUAUGGUUGCUCUAGGAAGAAGAAAUACAGAUGAAAUAUUUAGCUUUUCAUGUGGUGGUACUCUUAUUGCAUCAGAAUGGGUACUUACUGCAGCACAUUGUACUUAUGGGGCAAAAAGUCCUACAGAUGCUCGUAUUGGUGUACAUAAUAUAAAAAAUAAUCAACAAGGUAUCAUAACUACAAUCAAUAAGACAAUAAGGCAUCCAAAUUUUAAACCUCCUGCUAUGUAUGCUGAUAUAGCUUUAGUAAAAUUAAAUACAGUUGUAGUUUUUAACAAUGACAUAAGACCUGCUUGUUUAUAUCAACAAUAUGAUACUGCACCUGCACAAGGAUGGGUUACCGGUUGGGGUGUUACAGAAUUUAAUGGAGAAAAACAAAGUGAUCAAUUACAAAAGGCAUUCCUUGAUAUUGUUGAUAAUGUAGCUUGUGCAAUAAGACACAAUCAAUCUAUAGCAAUACCAUAUGGAAUUACACCAAGUAUGAUCUGUGCAGGAGAUUCUCAUGGUGGAUGGAAUAAAGAUACUUGUCAAGGAGAUUCAGGAGGUCCUUUACAAAUAUCUCAUCCGAAAAAUAUAUGUCUGUUUCAAAUAUUAGGCAUUACUAGUUUUGGACAAGGCUGUGCAGUUGUUAAUACACCUGGAGUAUAUACUAGAGUUUCACAUUAUCUUAAAUGGAUUGAAGAUAUUGUUUGGCCAUAAAUUUUUUGGUUUAUUGAUGUAAAUCUUGUUUUGCAAAGAUAAAAAACUUUUUAUUUUUAGCAGUUAUUUUGACUGAUUUAAAAGUGUAAAAUAUAUUUGAUAUUGGUACUACUUAAAAAAUAUACAAUAAAUAUAACAUUAGAUAAAAUUGUUUGUUAAAGGUAUCGUGAUCGAUAUAUGUACAUAUUGAAUAAUUUUGUUGAUGUACAAAGUCUGUAUUUAUAUUGAUUAAGGUUGACAUUAAAAUUCUCAGACUAUAUUAUAUUAAUCAAAGUAUGUAUAGUUUGACUAGAAGAUUUUUAAAUCUGUAAAAAUGAUAUUUUUUAUGACUGUAAAAAACAAGUAUAACUUCUGUAAUUAUUAAUAGAGAAAUUAUACUCAAGAUAUUUUUGUAUCAUGAAUAGUUUUCCAUGUAAGACCAUCUCCAUAUGGUCCAUGAGUAGAUGGAAAAAGUACAUACCACCAAUUUCUGUUAGACCAAAUAAAAUAUAAUAAUUAUUAUAUUGAAAAA